UUUCUAUAGGAUGGAGACAGGACUGGAGAGGCAGAAAAAUCUAGCAACCUGAAUAUAUGAGAGCAGUCUUUCGUGCACGCGCACUUUCGCUUGAUGGUCCCUGGCAGCGCGCCAGGUGGUAAGUGAAGGGCGCGCGCGUUGUCGGCGCAAGGUGUGGGGAUUUGCAAAGUUUGGCAUUUCCACAAUGAACCGAGGACAUUUUCAAUCAGCGUUUGUAACGCCGUGGACGCAGGGAUAAUACUGGUUCAUAUAAAUGCUGUUCAACUUGAAUAGCGAUAUGAAUCAAAUUGACCUGCUUUUGAAUGCGUUGUAGUUGUACUUCAGCUUUGCAAACAGUGUGUUUUUCUGUAGACAGUGGACGGAGUCCUAAAGUUUAACUUGUUUGGAAACAGAGCGGUACCUUCUAACCCUAUCUAAUAAGGGAGACAUGCAAACUUGACUCCUUCGUUGAGCUUCAUACCUCUCCACCAGCCUCCAGCUCCAGAUGAUGCGGACGAACAAUAAAGGCCGGAGCGCCUCCCCCCACAGGAACGCCUACAAGUCUGACUUCCACUCCAUCAAAUACUCCUUGGACACUGUGACCAGGCCUAGACCUACUUCCCUGGGCCUCUCUAUCCCUUCACCUGGCCCCAUGGCAGUCCCUCACACCAGGACCAGCAGUGCCAGUGGCCCUGGUGAGUGUUCUAGGGGUAGGACCCUCAGUCCUAGAGGGACCAAGAUCCGAGACAACAUCUUCCUCCAGAUGGACAGCCAACAGCACCUCAUCCACCCCUUGUCUCAGGCCCUACCCAAAUGCUCUCCCAGCUACAGCUCUGUCCGGAGCAUGUCCAGUGUAGAACCAUCUAUGCUAGAUAAACCGUCCAAGGCCGAGGAGAUAGAGAUAGACAGAGCGGCUCUAGCUCAAAAGUUCUCUGUGACCCGGAAGCUGUUUGAGACGGUCAGCGGGGGUCAAAGUGUAAAGGUCAGCCCUGGCAGAGAUGGCAGGGGGUCUGUGGAUGGGAGGGGGGAGGACGGGGGCAUGGGGAGAGCAAGGGGCAGGUCAGAAAGAGAUGAGCUGACAUCUACGUCAGAAAGCGAAGGAGAGGGGGAGGGGAGGAAACCCAUCAACGUACACACACACAUUUCUCUAUCCGACGUAGAACUCCACACGCACACUUCAUCACUGGACACCAGCUUGUCUACACACAUUCACCCAGUUAAUGGUCACUCCAGUGAGACUUUUUCCCCUGAUGGCCCAAGUCCUAUGGCUGACCCCUCAGACAGCAGCAGUGUGUGUGGUGGAAGUGUGUUAGAUGGGAGUGUGUGUGAGGACUCUGUGUGCUCCCAUGUAUUCAACCCACCUAGCCCAGCACCCAGCACCCUCCACUCUCAGCAUCCAUCCCAUUCUUAUGACUCCCCUAGUCCUCUCACCCCAGUCUCCCCCUGUUCUGACCAGACUGACUUCUAUGGCCCUAGUACACCUAAUGCUGACAACAGGACUUUGUCUGAGGGGAAUGACCCUAAUGAUCUUUACAUGACCCCUGGUGACCCUUUGACCCCCACAGAGGGGUCAGGGGCUAGGACUGUGAGGGCGGAGCUAGUGGAGGUGAAGAGCGAGUCGUCUGAGAGCGAAGGGAACGAGGGAGAGGAGGAUGAGGACACCUUAAAGAAAGAAGAGGAGACCAUGAAGCAAGAGGAGGAAAGCAAGAGGGAGGAGAGCAAUGUGAAUAACCUGGUAGAUGAUGUGUUUGAAGAAUCCGGUGUGGAACCUAGAAUGGUAGAACAGAGAAUGGUUGAACCUACAGUGCAACCUAAAAUGGUGGAACAGAGAACAGUUGAACCUCCAGUAGAACCCAGAAUGGUUGAACCCUCGUUAAGCGAGUGUGUGGAGGGAUUCCCUGACAGUUCUGAGGUGAGGGAGAAGGAAUCAGGGAGAGACAUGUACCAGCAGGCGAUAGAAUGGAGGGAGGGGCAAAUGGCGGGAGAAAGCAGACGGUAUAGAGAAGAGGGGACGACAGGAAAGAGUGAGAUGGAGAACGAGAAUGUAGGGACGGAAGAAGGAGAUGAGGCAGGAGAGCAGGAGAAAGUUGAGGCGAGAGGAAGCAUGCGUAAUGAGAGCAAAGAGGAGGAAGGGAACGAGAAGGCCGGAUUGGAGGCAAGAGGGAAAGACUUCAGGGUAAAGAAGGAGGUGAGAGAGGAAGAAGAGAGGAAGUGCAGAUGGAGAGUGGAGGUGAAGGAUGAGGACGAAGGGAGAGAGUGCACUGAGAGAGGAGAGAAGAAUGGGUCUACCAUCAUCCUUGGGAUUGAGGAGGAGGCCUUCGCGAAAGACAGGGAACGGGACUCCGCAAGAUGUCUGACUCCAGAGCCAGAGGAGCAGCUCUCUACUGAAUAUGAAGAGAUUCCCGGUCUUCCUCAUGAGGAUGAUGAGGAUUCUGCUAAGACAAGGAAGGUCAAAUUCUCGACAGCACCAAUCAAGGUGUUCCUUACCUACUCUAAUGCGGACUAUGACAGGCGUAACGAUGACGUUGACCCUGUGUCUUCCUCUGCUGAAUAUGAACUGGAGAAGAGAGUGGACAAGAUGGACCUCUUCCCUGUCCAGAUAGAGAAAGGAGACGAGGGUCUGGGUAUCAGUAUAAUAGGGAUGGGGGUAGGGGCUGACCAGGGUCUGGAGAAGCUGGGCAUCUUCGUUAAGACCGUCACAGAGAACGGAGCUACACAACAGGACGGACGUAUCCAGGUGAAUGACCAGAUAGUGGAGGUGGAUGGGGUCAGUCUGGUCGGAGUCACACAGCUGUUUGCUGCCACUAUGCUGAAGAAAACCAUUGGCACCGUCAGGUUUUUGAUAGGCCGGGAGAAGCAGGGGGAGGAGAGUGAGGUGGCUCGUCUGAUCACUCAGAGUCUGGAGCAGGACAAGACACCACCUACAGUGGAGUUGCUAAUUAGAGGUGAUGAUGGUGCUCUGGGGCUGAGCACAGUGGACGAGAGAGAGGAAGAUCUCCUUACAGAGGAUGAAGAAGAGGAAGACCUAACCAGCCUGGACUCAGCCCAGCUCUGCCUUAAAUACAAACAGCUCCAAUUGAAGCUCAGGACCAGAUCAGACCAACUCUACCUAGCCCAGGAGAAGCUGAGGGUUUGUGAGGAGCAGCGGGCCUUGUGGGAGAGUCGUCAGGAUGAGCUGGAGCAGAGUGUCCAGGAUGGAGAGGAGAAGGCUGACCAACUAGAGAAGUACUGGCAGGAGGCCCAGGCUCUGUGCAGGAUUGUGAACCAGCGAUUGGCUGACACUCAGAGCCAAUUCGACAGCCUAGAGGUCAAAUACAGCAAGGCCAAGAGACUGCUGAGGGAAUUCCAACACAGAGAGAAGGAGAGUGAGAGGAGAGAGGAAGAGCUGCGGCGAGAGAUGGAGGAGACCGAGAGGAGACACAGAGAUACCGUGGAUAGACUACAGAGACAGAUAGGUCCCCUGGAGCGAGGGGAGGCGGUCCCUGAGAUCGACAACCAAUCGCUGGACACCUCAUUUACCUCCAGUGCAGACUGGAGCAUUGCGGUGCCUGAGACGGGUCGGCUGGACACCAGCGCUCACAGGGCCAGAGCACAGCUCGCCCAGAAAGCCAAGAGACACCCUCCCUCACGAGACAAACUCAGAGAGUCCUUCAGGAGACAGGGUGAGGAAGACCAGAUUCAGGCCUGUGACAGGAAGAGCCAAUCUCUGACUGCGAGCACACCCCGAGAGGCGGGACGUUCAUUCUCAGCAGGAGGUGACCGUGUCCACUCCAGCACCACCUCUCUGUCUGCCCUCACCCCCCCAGUCCCAUCCCCCAUCCUCUCUCCUCACCCCCCCAUCCAGGCCAGUCUCCCUCUAAAGAGGACAACUCCUCUACCACACACAAAUCAAAGAGAAGAUUCCCUGACUUCAGGUAGCAGCCUCCGCAAGUCUCUGAGCAGAGGGAGGAAGAGUGAGAAGGAGAAGAACGAGAGAAGGUCCCUGGACCACAGGGGUUCGUGUGGUGACCUGGUAGGUAACUCCAGCAGUGGUGUAUCUCCCUCAGGCUCUGUCACUUCCAUGCCCUCCUGCCUGCCCUUCUCCUGGUUCGGGGAGCGAGGGCGGGAGAGACUGAAGAAGGAGAGAGAGAAGCUUAGGUCGGUCUCCAGCAGCAGUCUACCCUACAUGACCACCGGAGGCAGUAGAGACUGCCAGAGACUGAGUGUCGCAGACGCGGGGAGUACCAGCUCUGCUCUCCUGUCAGGGAUGCUAUCAGAUCUGUCUCUCUCUGGGCGCUCUCAAACUCUCACCUUCUCCUCAGAGACUCUAGACGGUGACUCUGUCCUAGUUGGUAGCAAUAAUCAAUGGCAAAGCCAACCCCUGGACCAAUGGACCAAUCAGCAGGUCUGUCUGUGGUUGAUUGGCAUUAGCAUGGACCAAUAUGCAGCCGAGUUCACAGCCAAUGGUGUGGAUGGGCUGCAACUCCUCAAUCUGGACAACAAUAAACUCAAAGCUCUGGGGGUGUGCAGUCAGAGUGACCGUGCUGCUCUGAAGAGAAGGCUGAAGGAGAUGAGGAAGACUCUGGAGCGAGAGAAGGAGAGAGUGAAGGGAAUGGAGAGAGAGGACAAGGAAAGGGAGAAUAGGAGCAAGGAGAGUGAAGGAAAGGAGAUGAGGGAGAAGGCGGGAAGGGAGGGCAGAUGUGGUGGUAAAAAGGUCAGAACAGAGUCACUCUGCUGAAGUCUGACCUAUCUUAAAUCACAACUUUUUAUCUGAGAUGUCCUACUAUUAGGCUCAUGUCAUGCAUUCCAGUCUUCAGACAAGCUGCUUUAGUCUAUAUUAGUCUCUCUGUCAGCAAAGACAUGUCUUACUGUAAGUCUUCACCGCGGCCGGUGAAAUACUUUUUAUUUAUUUUAAGUGUUUUGUUGCUAUGUAUAGACGUUUCUAUAUGCAUGUUGUACAGUGGAUGACAUUAAGCACUAUAUUGUAUUUUAAGCUGUGAAUGUUUUAUGUGCGUUAAUAAAUAAUGUUUCAAAUUUAGACUUAACUUCUGACUGUAAAGGCCGCAUUUUAACAUUCAGGUUAAAUUUCAUUUCCACGAUGUAACAAAAUGCACGAAAGAAAAAGAUGGAUGUGACUUUGUACAGGAUGUAAAAACAUUUAUUUAGCAUGGCAAUUUUUCACACUUUUACUUUACAUUGUCAACAGCUGUCACUGGACAAAUCCUCCACGUUAAGGAUGAAAUGGGUCCUGUUUAAAUACUUCUACAAAACCAAAAAAAAGGCAUAAUUUCUUCACUUCCUUGAAAUGAACACUGAUUUAACGUGACCGGUUAGAAGAACUACGAUAUGUAGUUUCUCCACUCACUCUGCUUCACUGGUCCAUCUCAACAAUCUAAUACUUAUAAGUUCACAACGUUCUCUCUGAGCAGUUAUGGACGUUAGUACAUAGAUAUAAAUAAUAUAGAAAGAUUGAAUGGGAAAGCUGUUGAUUAGCUCCUGCUUUAACUUGAUGAAAAAUGGCCACAGUUAAACAUGCGAAAUGUGUAUAACUGUCCUUACACCCAAAUGGUUUUGAGAUUAUUUGUGAUUUGAGGCAUCCAUCCUUCCAUAUCUUGGAAGAAAAAAAAACUCAUUCUGAAAAAUGAUUUGGCCAGUGGAGUACUUUGUAGGUAACAUUCUCCUCAUACAAUAAAUACACAUUCUUCAAAAUAUACAAAACAUAUAAAACACUCUAGCCUAUUCCAUAAGUGUACAUUUACAAAACAACAUCCAGAGCUUUGAAAGAGAGACAGCUGGGAUUCUUGACCCAAAAUGUAAAAGAACACACAAAAAUCUUCUCUUUCUGUCCAGUGAUCAACAUGGAUGUCACUAUCAAGAUAAAAUUCAAUCAGACAAGGUACUACUUAAUUGAUCCCCAAAAAGGGACAAUUUGAUGAAGUGUUAUUUCACCUUAUCUAACCGUCUGUCCUUAAAGUACACAAAUAAAGCUUUUCUACAA